AGCAGAUGAUGCGGAGACGCUAAGAAACCAAGGAGACCUCAUUGGCUGUUCACCGCUGCAGACAUGCAGAGGCAGAAAAUGCGCAGUGGGCAGCCCCGACUGGACUUGGAAGGUGCACUGAUAGCCCGGGACCGUGUGGGAAUCCAGGAUUUCGUGCUGCUGGAUGCCUUCACCAGUGAAACAGCCUUCUUGGACAACCUGAAGAAGCGGUUCAACGAAAACUUAAUUUAUACGUAUAUCGGCACACUGCUGGUUUCAGUCAACCCUUACAAAGAGCUGGGCAUAUAUACCAAAAAGCAGAUGGACAUCUACAUGGGUGUCAACUUCUUUGAGUUACCUCCACACAUCUACGCCCUGGCUGACAAUGCCUAUCAUGCCAUGCUGACGGAGAUGAACAAUCAUUUCUUCCUUAUUUCCGGGGAGAGUGGAGCUGGCAAGACAGAAGCCUGCAAGAAGAUCCUGCAGUUCUAUGCAGUCAGCUGUCCAACCUCAAGUCUCCUGGACAGCAUCAGGGACCGGAUGCUGGUCUCCAAUCCAGUGCUGGAGGCAUUUGGCAAUGCCAAAACAUUGAAGAAUGACAACUCAAGCCGCUUUGGGAAGUAUAUGGACAUCCAGUUCGACAGGCAGGGGGAGGCAGUCGGGGGCCACAUCCUUAGCUACCUGCUGGAGAAGUCCCGGGUGGUGCACCAAAACCACGGCGAGAGAAAUUUCCACAUCUUCUACCAGCUGGUGGAGGGUGGAGAGGAGGAGACGCUGCGAUUGCUGGGACUGGAGCGUGAUUGUAAGCACUACAGCUACCUGGUACAGGGGGAGUAUAGAACUGUCCGCACUAUCAAUGACAAGAAUGACUGGAAGACAAUGCGAAAUGCCCUUACUAUCAUCAACUUCUCAGAGAAGGAUAUUGAGCACCUGUUAGGGAUUGUCGGCAGUGUUCUCCACCUGGGCAAUGUCCAAUUUGAGGCUGAUAGGGAUGGAUACGCACGUCUGAGCAGCAAAGCAGAGCUACGCUGGGUGUCGAAGCUGCUGGGGAUCCAUGUGCAAGUGCUACAGGAGGCACUAACCUUCAGGAAGAUCGAGGCCAAAACAGAGGAGGUGCUCAGCCCCUUCUCAGUGGACCAUGCCAUUUACGCUAGGGAUGCACUGGCCAAAGCUCUAUACGGUCGCAUGUUCACAUGGAUCGUUAACAAAAUCAAUGAUUCAUUGGAAAAUCUGGAUUCAAGCAAAAAAACCGUCAUAGGACUCCUGGACAUCUAUGGCUUUGAAGUGUUUUAUGUUAAUAGCUUCGAGCAGUUCUGCAUCAAUUACUGCAACGAGAAGCUGCAGCAGCUUUUCAUCCAGCUGACGCUGAAGUCGGAGCAGGAGGAGUACGAGGCCGAGGGCAUCGAGUGGGAACCGGUCCAGUUCUUCAACAACAAGAUCAUCUGUGACCUGGUGGAAGAGAAGCGUACGGGCAUCAUCACCAUGCUGGACGAGGAGUGCAUGAGGCCAGGGGACACCACUGAUAUAACGUUCCUGGAGAGACUGGAGGAGAGGAUGGGGAGCCACCCUCACUUUAUCACACACAGACUUGCUGACCAGAGGAUACGUAAGACCAUGGAGAGAGGGGACUUUCGCCUGCUUCACUAUGCUGGCGAGGUCACAUACUGUGUAGUGGGAUUCAUUGACAAAAACAAUGACCUUUUGUACAGGAACAUCAAAGAUAUGAUCCGACAUUCCAAAAAUGGUAUCGUCAGGCACUGCUUCCCGCCCACAGAAGUGGACAGCAAGAAAAGGCCAGAAACGGUGGCCUCACAGUUUAAAAGCAGCCUUGCUGAGCUCACAGAGAUCCUCAUGGCCAAGCAACCCUGGUAUAUACGAUGCCUGAAGUCCAAUGAAGCAAAACAGCCAGGGCGCUUCGAUGACAUGCUGGUGAGGCACCAAGUGAAGUACCUGGGCUUGAUGGAGCAUCUGAGGGUGAGGCGUGCCGGCUUUGCUUACCGGCGCCGCUACGAGGUCUUCCUGCAGAGGUACAAGCCCCUGUGUCCAGCCACCUGGCCUCACUGGAAGGGAGUGCCAGCGGUAGGGGUGGAGAAACUCCUCAUACACCUGGGCUAUAAGGAGGAUGAUUAUAAGAUAGGCAGAACAAAGAUAUUUAUCCGCCAUCCAAAGACCCUGUUUGCCAUAGAAGAUGCCUAUGAGAUCUGUAAGCACGAAUUAGCCUCAAAGAUCCAAGCCAAAUAUAAGGGUUACAGAGUAAAAAACGAGUUCCAGAAACAGAAAGAAGCAGCUACAAAGAUUGAGACCUGCUGGAGAGGAGUUCAGGCCAGAAAAGAGCGAGAGAGGAGGGCUUGGGCCGUCAAAGUCAUCAAAAAGUUCAUUAAGGGGUACAUGACCAGACACGAGGCCUCCACCACAGACAAUUCGGAAUACCUCACAUUUGUCAGACACAGUUACCUAACGAGGCUGAAGAAUCAGCUGCCCAAAACUGUCCUGGACAAAACCACCUGGCUAGCACCUCCACCUGUGGUGAAAGAGGCGUCGGAGAUGCUGCGCAAACUUCACAUGCGACUCCUAGUGAGGAGGUAUGUCAGGGGCGUCACAGCACAGCAGAAAGCACAGCUGCAGUUAAAGGUGGUGACCAGUGAGCUAUUCAAGGGGAAGAAGGACAGCUACCCCCAGAGUCUCGCCAAACCCUUUGCAGACACCAGGAUCAGUGAACAUGACAUAAAUGCGAAUGUCCUACAGAUUAUUCGCCAUGAACGCAUCAAGUACAGCACCCCAGUAGUGAAGUAUGACAGGAACGGAUUCAAGCCGCGUCCACGUCAGCUAAUAUUAACUCAGACUGCGGCCUACCUGGUGGAGGAAACCAAGAUAAAGCAACGGGUGGAGUAUAGCUCACUCAAAGGUAUAUCUGUUAGCAACCUGAGUGACGGCAUUCUGAUCCUCCAUGUGGCACCUGAAGUCAAACAGAAGGGGGACCUUGUCCUGCAGUGUGACCAUUUAUUUGAGACUUUAACCAAACUGAGCAUGGUGGCCAACAAGCGCAACGUUGUUAAAGUGGUUCAAGGCAGUAUUAAGUUUGACAUCAAGCCAGGCAAAGAGGGGUACGUUGACUUCAGCAGUGGGCAGGAGGCAAUGGUAUACAAGGCCAAGAACGGCCACCUAAUGGUGGUAUCAACAAGAAGCAAAUCCCGCUGAUUCUUGUACCAAGAGAACUCAUGGAUACAGGUCUACAAAGCCCAUGGAUAUGGAAUGGCCCUAAAGGUUAAGGAAUCAGUAGCUUCCCCAAGAUGGGGCACCACUGUUCUCAUCCUGAGACAGACAGGUGAUGGUUAGGGCACAACUGUAGUACAUUUCAUCCUAAAAUAUGAGGUGGUGAACUUUUAAAGACUGAAAUUAUUCAAGGAAAGUCCAUCUUUCAUUACCCUUAGCAAGGUACAAUGGACACUAUUGAAAAGUUUCCAGUGUUCAUUAACAACCACCCCAUGAAAUAAAUAUAAAAUUCCUUAAGUCCUUUAAGUCUUCCACAAAAAUGCAGGUUUAGGUGUUAUGAUUAUCCUACUAAAAGGCACAAAAUAAAAGUGA